AUGCCUCUCACAGAACCCAAGGAUAUUGGCUACACGAAUCCACAGAGACGAAGCCCCUCUGUGGACCGUGCAGUGACAGUAUACAGUGAGAAAGACACGAGGGAAAUUAACGGGGCGACGGUGAAGUGUACACCGGAACAUGAUGGACAGAAGACCUGGCAUACCGGUGGUACCAACCCUGACUCUCCGCUGCAUGUCACAGUCGUAUACUUGUAUAACGGAUAUGUUGUGACUACGAAGCAUAUCGAUCGAGAGGGAAAGGCUGUCUAA